AUGAGACCAGCUGUCCAUGCCAGCUUUCUCAGAAACCGAGGGCUUCACCAGAAGAGAAGGAAGCGCACCCAUGUCUUCUCCCCACUUCGCCUGGUCAUCCUGGUUGUAUCUGGUGUCUUGCUGUUUAUUCCUGGCCUAGUACUGACCAUUGUCGGGCUACAGAACCAAGGUGCUGUCCUUGAUAGACUUCAAGAAGU